AUGUCUGGCAAGCGUGCUGCUCCCAAGAAAGUCGUUGAACCCGUUACCUUGGGUCCUCAAGUCCGUGAGGGUGAACUUGUGUUCGGUGUGGCUCACAUCUUUGCUUCCUUCAACGACACCUUUGUCCAUGUGACCGAUCUCUCUGGUCGCGAAACCAUUUCUCGCGUUACUGGCGGUAUGAAGGUCAAGGCCGAUCGUGAUGAAUCGUCUCCCUACGCUGCCAUGUUGGCUGCUCAAGAUGUCGCUGCCAAGUGCAAGGAAGUUGGCAUCAAUGCUCUUCACAUCAAGAUCCGAGCAACCGGUGGUACUGGCACCAAGACUCCCGGUCCCGGUGGCCAGAGUGCUCUUCGUGCUCUUGCUCGCGCCGGCAUGAGAAUUGGCCGUAUUGAGGAUGUUACGCCAGUUCCCACCGACAGCACCCGCAGAAAGGGUGGUCGUCGU